AUGUUAUCAUUAAUGAAAAAUACGACAAAUUUUACAAAAUCAUUAGAUACAACAAAUUCAUCAACAAAUAAUAUUUUAUUUUAUUUUGUUCCAUUUUAUCUUAUCAUAUUUUUUACCGGUUUUUUUGGUAAUGGUUUAGUUAUUGUUAGUAUACUUCGUUCACAUCGAUUAAGAACUGUAACAAAUACAUAUUUAUUAAAUUUGGCUAUUGCCGAUUUUCUUUUAUUAUUCAGUGUACCAUUUUUAAUUACAACUAUUUUAGCAAAUGGUUGGAUAUUUGGAACAGUAUUAUGUAAAAUGUAUUUUAAUUUUAUUCAUAUUAAUCAAUAUGUUAGUUCAUUAAUAUUAGCUUCACUCUCAUUUGAUCGAUGGUUAGCUGUUUGUCAUCCAUUAAAAGCAAUGAGUUUUAGAACACCUUAUAACUGUGGAAUUAUUAUAAUAGCAUGUUGGUUAAUGAGCGCUUUAUUCUUAUCUCCGACAUGGUUAUAUGCCAGAGUAUUUUCUGAUUCACCAAAUAUUUAUUGGCGACGUUAUUUAGUUCAAAAAUGUAUUAUUGAUUUUCCAGCUAUUAGUCGAAUACCACCAGAAAUUGUAUUUACCUACUAUGGAUUUUUUGUUGGUUUUAUAUUUCCUGUUACAUUAAUUACUACUUUUUAUCUUAAACUUUUAAUUCGUCUUCAUAGAAUUCGUCAAAAACAUCAAUCAGAAAUAAAACAACGUUCUCAUCGAAAAGUGACACGUAUUGUAUUAGCUGUUAUUACGGCCUAUUUUGUUUGUUGGAUACCAUAUUGGUUUUUACAAAUAUAUAUUACCAUUGAUCCAUUGCUCAGAUCUCUUAAAUUACCACCAUUUUUUUCAUCAACAACAACAAUAUUGAAAAGUUCACUAUUAAAAGAAUUAACCCAUUUUACAAUGAUUGUUGGAUAUGCAAAUAAUAGUCUCAAUCCGAUUUUGUAUGUAUUUUUGAGUGAAUCAUUUCGAGAAGAAUAUCUUCAUGUAUUAAAAUGUUUUACGUCUUCAUCUACUAAUCAUAACAAUGAUAUAAAUUGGUGUAAUCAACCAUCAUCGAAAAAGAUUCACUAUACAAAAAAACACAGUAUAUCAUUAGAAGAAGCAGCAGCUGUACAAGAAGCCAAUUGGACAACUAAUUCUACCACAGCAGCAUUUCUAUCCUGCUUUCAGAUAAAUAAAAAGCGUCAUCAAAAUUUAAACAAUAAAAAAGAUGAUUUAUGUGGCAAAAAUACUUAUUUACUAAAAUCUUGUCAUAAAUAUACAUCGAUUCAAACAGCAACGUACUCUUAUGUAAGUCAAAAUGAUUAUACAAGCGAUUCCCAUCGAUAUCAAAAACACUUGUUGAUUAAUCCAACUGAUUAUUCCAACAUUGAAGGUGAUGGUGGUGUUUAUUGUGGCUAA